AUGGACAUCCGAGCUCUUCUUCAUUAUGCAAAUGGGGCGGUCGUGAGCUACCUGCCGGACCUAAACGAGGUCAUACCAGAUCAUAUUCCAAUGGAGGCUGACAGCGCAGCUGUGGAAGAAGACGACGUUAAAGCGCUUCCUCUAAUACCGGCUGCUGAGGCGCAGCAGAUGAUUCAGCGCUAG